ACGGUCAUAAGAUCUAUCUUCCGAAAUUGUCUGGGUAUAACAUCAGCAGUAGUUUUUUGGUAGUGGAUUUAGUUCAACACCGAUCAACGACUUAAGCUUAAUGGGAAAUAAUUCAACCACGCCACAAGACAUUUGUCGACCAAUUCCCCCAUCGUCAGAUGUAUUUUCUUCAGACAUAGUGAACGCGUGGGGAGCUGGUGGAGUCAUCGUCCUUCUAAUACCAGGAAUAUUGGCAUUGAUCUCUAUUGGAAUAUAUGCAGAAGAAAUAUACUAUGUCAUGCUCAAAUCGAAUUCAAAGCCGCUGCGUAAUGCACUUCUGUGGAUUCUAAGCACGUUUCCGGCAAUCAUGACUAUUGCACUUAUUGGUAUGUUCGUUCCUCGAGCGGUCGUGGAAGUUGGUUUCAUGUACAACAUAUAUGUAGCCUACGCAAUAUACAAAUAUUACUAUUUGAUCAUUGUGUUUGCUGGAGGAACGAAGCCGUUUGUAGAAAAAAGUUGCGUAAAAGAAAUAGGAAUGAAUGCGGUUCCCUGUCCAUGUUUGGUGUGCUUGCCACCGAUCAGAAACUCUGUGCGUGUCAUAGAAAUAGUAAAAUGGCUAAUUCUUCAAUACGUUGUUAUUACACCUCUUUGUGGCGCGAUUGCUGUCAUACUUAGGGCGGAUGGAAAAUAUUACAAAGUCAACGAAGUAAGCCCUUCAGUUUAUUUAUCUUUAUUCAGUGCAAUUUCAACAUUAAUUUGUAUUUAUGGAAUCAAGUUAUUAUUCAAAUUCACAGUCGUAAUUGAAGGAAUGGAAGACACUCACGCGAUACGAGGCAAAACAGCGUGCAUACAAUUGACAAGUUUUAUCGUUGGUUUCGAAGCUUUGAUCUUCAAUAUAAUAGCUCAAGUAGGCUGGAUUCCUUGCGUAUAUCCAUUGAAUUUUCUCAGCAAUCGGAGAGUCAUCUACAAUUACUUCGUCAUACCUCAAAUAUUUUUUGUCGGGUUCCUUGGACGUCAUUACUACAGACGGUCAAAGGACAUUCAACGACAAGUCGUGUUGCAUGAUGACCUCACCAUUGCGGUGGAUUAUUCCGGUAGAUCCUGCCUAGUGGCCGACGCAACACUGCAAUCAGCGAGAGAGCAUGAUGGUAUUAUUGUGGAACAAAGGCAAUCGUACCAUGGAACUGACAAUAUACCCUCCUUGGACAAACAUUCUCCGGGGGCAGAAUUUUCCAAUUUUGAAACGAAGAGCCGAACAUCUAGUUAUAGUUUAGGAAAGCACUCCAUGCCCAUGGGUCUAGAAAAUCCUCAUACAAGUAGUAUUGUCCACGGCGAACAAGACAUAUCCAGUCAAGUAUAACUGAGAAAAAAGAAUUAUAUAUAUAUACUGUUCAUAUAUGUGUGUGGUUUCUUUUUUUUCAACUUGUAAUGAACGUCAAUUAGUAUGAAUGAAGAAUGCUAAAUAUACCAAUUGUGAAUGACAAGAUCUUGUCAUUCUUAGGCUACUAGAAUUAAAGAAAUAUUACAGUGCUUCUUUUAUAAACUGGACAUGGCUAAGAAAUGACUAGACCAAAUAAUGAAGAAAAUUUUCAUUCGUAUCUUAUUAACUGAUCAAACUGUAAACGAGAAUAUC